GGAAGCAUCCUAGGCAGUAGAAGAAGAGUGACGGAUUGUCGACGCUCUUUGGUCAGCAGUAGUACACAGGGUGUCAGCGGUGAUUUGUCACUACCAAAAGUACUAGUUUAUUGUUAUUUUACUAGGUAAACUGAUAGAAAACAGAACCGUUUACAGUUGUGGACGAUUAUCGGACGUCAGCUGGGCCACCUUCCUCAGUGGAUGUGCGUCACACAGCAGGAACGAGAGCGCGUCUGUGCGUGUGAAGGAGCCAUGUUGAAGCGGCUCCUAAUGUCGUGUUUUUAAAAGCGGUGCCGUCAAUGUGCUGCGUGACGAGGACUCGUCUCGGAAAGUGGAGGAACCGUGAAACAUACCGAGAUGUCAGCGGACGAUUUCCAGACGCAGUACGCCUCCUUCAUGGACGGCAUGCUGAAGAGCGCUGUGGCAGAAACCACGAAACUUUUCGAAACUAUGGUGGACGAGCUGAAGGCAGAAAUAUCCAGGAUGAAGAAGGAGAAUGAAGACCUCAAAACACGAUGUAGUCUGUACGAAAGUGCAAAAAGCCAAACGGCUGUUGAUCACGGAGAAAAUUGCACCGUUUCAGGACCAAACGACGGCUCUGAGAAACGCGACAGUGCUGUCCAGUGUGAUCUUGUCCCUGUCCGUACAGUACUGGUGGAGCACUGUCAGUCACUGCAAAACCAAGUGCAGCAGUACACACAUGAGGGCAUGCAGUACCAUUUGCAAGAGCACAACUAUAUUGCUCAUGAAAUCAAACAAGAGGAAUUGGAGUCUGUGUUGAAGCAGGAGGAAGUUGAGCCCACUGUGGUCUGUGAACAAGCAGGUUCACUGCAGACCUCUGUUUGUGGAGCUGAAAAUGAAGAACCUCUUGUGAGGCAGGAAAGUUCAACACAGUAUGUAGAGACCAGACUUCUAGAGCCCCCCUGUUUGCAAAUGGGUAGCAGGGUACAGGGAACCCAGAACCAGUUAUCUUACCCAGAGCCUGCAAUUAGUAUUUCACUCGCUGCAUUAAAGGAAGACCUCCAAAAAGAGUCUGAGUUUGAUCAGACUAUAUCAGAAAAAAGGAUGGAGGGAGAACUCACAAUAUCUGGAAAACACCAGUCAGUCCCCCAGCACUGUCAAGGAGACAGUGACACAUCAGUAAAUGAAAAAACUGAUAUGCACCAUACAGAGAAACAGUCAGAGCCUAAUCUGCUCGUACGGCAUAGAAGAGGACCUUCCCCAAAGAAAAUGAAACAACAAAUACUUCAGUCAUCAUCGGUUGAUGUUUCAAGAGAACAGAAGGGGUUAAAUUCCCCUUCGGUAAGAGAGGAAGGCGUAUUCUCGCAAACAUCUCCAGUUCAGCCUCAAAAGACUUCAUCUGCCAUCACCCUAUCAGUCCAGGACAGAUCAUACCCUGCUUUUGAAGACAUGGAAAACAGGAGGGUUGAUUCUUUGCCUGUCUCUGUUUCAGUUGCAAUUCAUUCUCCAUCAACUGAAGUUUCAUCUGCAAAUGAAAGACUGGACACCACACCAGCAGAUUCAUCACAAGCACCAUCAAGUCACCUCAAAGACUGCCGCACCUCAGUAACACUUCAGGAUGCAAUGCUGUUAGUUGAAGCCAUGAAUCAGUCAACAGUGGAAAAUGCAGUCGCCCAAGGAAUGGCACCACCCGAGACCCGCUCUGCUCCCUGUGAGGGUACUUUGCAAAUGGUGGACAAGAUCCCAGAAGAGCCAACUUCUGUUGAGACUCCUCACAUUACAGAUGCCAUUUCAACCAGUGAAGCUCAGGCCCACAUUGCAGUUGUCAUACCAAAACAAAAACAUGCACCAUCUCCUUUUAAUACUACUACAUUACCAUUGUCACCAUCAGCCGCUGCACCUAAAACCACCACACGGUCGCUUCCUCGUCCUUUGAUGCCAUUGGUAGCUCCCAGUAAACCAAAUAAAGCAGUACCUCAUGCAAUCAUCAUCUUGCCAAAGUCAGGAUCUUCAUUUAUGUCUCAAAAAGUUGCAACGGUGUCUCCAACCCCGCUUUCUACUGGGUCAUCAUCAGGACAGGAUUGUUUUUCUAAAGUUGUAGGGUUACCACCUGAUACAUCUUCCCAUUCUUCUGUUCCCCAGACAGUAAAUGUUAGCUCCAGAAAUAUUUUUCCGGUCUUCCCCUCACAGUUACCCACGAACUCAGCAGAACAGCACUUAGGAACCUUAUCACAGUCAAAAAUACUUAUAAUUCCAACACGGUUGUCAGCUGUGGCAUCAAAGAAACAUCAGUCACACACUACUGUACUGACAGUAAAGCAAAAGAGUGCUGAACCAACUGCUCCAGUUACAGAGUCAUCGACCCAACUGAUUUUCUCGUCACAGGAGUUAAAUAUUUCUGCUUUGCACAAUCCAGUAUUGUCUCAAAAAAAUGAUGAUACAACUGACAGCCUAGAAACCUCCAAACAAACUGCCUCUGUUUCUGGAACAGAAACCUGUUCCAGUUUAAAAAUGUCAGAUGGACAAGUGCCAACAUCUGUGUUUCCAGUGUUACCACCAGCUGUUGAACAGAAGCUUACUGCAGUGGUCAGAUCAACCAGACAGCCAUUUCCAAUAUCAACCAAAGAAUCCUUCUUGGUCUCAAGACUGCUUUCUAAAGGAUCUUGUGAAGGUAUAACACAAGAGAAGCCAUUGAGGCCAACGUUUUGGCUUUCAGAAGAGCCAGCCUCAUCUUCUAGUAUUUGUUCCAAUUUAACAGAAACAUCUGUUGCUGUGUCUGCAAAUACCUCCCAGAUGACAGAUGAGUCAGAUAAUCGUGUAUUGUUUUCAGAAACCUCUAAUUUGGCCAUGGAAAUGAGCAGCAAUGAAGUGCAGGACAAACAAUCAGCUGACCACCUACAGGUGUCCACCAAGGACGCACCUGACCCUCUGUCACUAGCAGAAACUCCGUUCCUGGCACAGCUGGCAGAGUCACCAAUGAUUCAAGUAACAACAAAGGCAACCUCUGAUAAUUUUACAGAGACCAGAACCUGUGACAAGAAAAACUUACAGAAAAAAUUGCUUUUCGCCCGACUGCGAAGUCACCUGAAAUCUCACUCAAAGGCUAGACGAUCUGAAGCAACACCAAAAUCCUGUUCUAUAUCCCCGAAAAGGUCAACCAGAGAAGGAGCUACUCCUAAAGAGAAUGAAUCUGCUGCUGUAAGUCUGAGGACCUGUAGUUAUAGUAAAAAUGAUGCAAGCUCUACAAUGUCUGCAGCACAUUCAACUUUCACUAUAAACAGUCCUGGCAUUAAACAGAUAAAAAAGGAAUUUAGCUCUCCUUUCACACUUACGAGGUAUAGUUUGCAGACAGAUAGUACUAAAAAAACUAACAGUGAAACUGUUUCUCAAAGUGUUGAAGGCCCUAUAGUGGCUGAAACCCCUAGAAGGAGUUUUAAAAGUCAAAAUUCUGUCAAGCUAACUAAAGCAGCAAAAGCUAAAACGAUAGCUAAAAUGAGAAAUUCUCACAAAUUGAAACUGCAGAAACACCAGCUAGCAGAGAAUCAGGGCAAGUGUGAAAUUGUGAAAAUAUGUAGAGCCAAAGUGUGGAUUCCACCUGUAAUGCCAGCCGAUAAAAUGCCACCAGCAGGGGAAAGGAAAUCAUCGCUGUCGCCUGUUAAUACAGAGACAAAACCCAACAAUCAAACCUUUGUCUGCCCCCCACUAGCUGUUAGAGCUUCACCUAUUGUCUCGCCCUUAGAGCCAUUGGCAGUCAUAGGUAGGCAUCUGUUGAGGAACCAGUGUGGGGAAUGUGGUCGCAUCCUCAGCAGCAGUGCUGCACUGGAGAGCCAUGUCGGUCUUCAUACAGGUCGAAGGCCGUUCUCAUGCACACUUUGUGGAAAGACUUUUCCAGAUGCCAAGAGUUACAAACGGCAUGGCCGGGUGCACCGAAAUGGUAGGAUCCAUAUCUGCCAGCAGUGUGGGAAGGGCUUUGUCUAUCGUUUUGGCCUCACCAAGCACCUCCAAAUGGUGCACAGCAGGAUAAAACCUUUCAUUUGCCAGAUCUGCAACAAGGGAUUCUUUACAAAACGAGAUGUGGAAGUUCACAUCCGAAUACACACUGGAGAGAAACCAUUCCAUUGCAACUAUUGUGACAAAAAAUUCACAAGGAGAGUGGAACUGAAUGUGCAUUUGCGGUGGCAUAAUGGGGAAAAAAGACACUGGUGUCCACACUGUGGAAAAGGAUUUUUAGAUUUUAAUAACUUAAAAAGACACAAAUAUAUCCACACAGGGGAGAAACCACACUCCUGCCCACACUGCCCCAAGCAGUUCACACAGUCAGGCCACCUGAAAAAGCAUGUUAAAAAUGUGCACAAAGCACAGUGAGGGGCAGACAUCCAAGAUGGAACCCUGUUCAACCGAGAAGAGUGAUUAGAAAUAAAAAUAUCAGAGAUGAUAUGAGACAACAUGCUGUGUUUUUUUUUCCUUGAUGUAAUGCAUUUGUACAUCAAAUGAAAAAAAAAUUAGUUUUUUUUAAUGUGUUCAUCACAAGAUAUUUUUUGUUUUGACGGAAUAGUUUCAGUACGGGAAGAUAGCAUGUAGAUAUAUGGAAAAAAGUUUGCGUCAUGGGGAAUGGGCUCAUGGGCUAUAGUUAUUUCUGGAUAAGUAAUAAUUUGUUCCUUUUACUAGCACUUAUGCAGCGUGUCUGUGGGUUGCGUGGCAACCUUACAGUACAAGGAAGUUGUUGCACCCAUUUUAAUUGUAACUUCGAAGAAAGAUUGUUAAUUUUUGGCUAGUUAGAUUGCUAGAUUUGCUAUCUCUCUUGCUCCCAUUGCCUCAAUUCCUCACAUUUGCCUUCCCUUCCGACCUGUGCACAAGUACAAAUGUGCACAAACAUGCACAGGAUUUGCUGGAAUUGUGUGUGGCAUGCUCUAAGCUUAACUGUGAAAAUAUCUGUAAUUGAAGUUAUUGAUACAGUUUAUAUUAUACUGCUGUUUCUUUUAUUACAUAGCUUUUUACUGCUGCUAUUGCACAGAUGGCAAUAAAAGUUAACUGUACUGCUUUUACAGUAACUUACCACCUCAAACAAGGAUUAAGUGAAGUUGCAUCUGUAUUGGAUGACGGGUGAAUUUUUACCAUACAAGAAUCAGUAGAAUGUUUUUGCAAUCUUCACUUAAUUUCUUUACAUCCAAAGAAUGUAACCUUACUGCUGAUACAAUUUCAUUCAAGUUAAUGUAUGUUCAGUUUGAGCAGAAACACUUUAGUUUCACUUGAGCACAUCCACAAACCAUAUCUGCUCAUGUCUUGACAUGAGUGCUGUGAAUGUACUUGUGUUAGCUUUUAAAUGUCUCCUCAUGCUUUGCCUAGACAUACCUAAAGAGGAUGUGUCACUGUUUCUUUUAUUUAAAUUUUUUUUGUUUUGGUAUUUUGUAACAUUGUGCUGUGUUACAAAAAGGCGGUUUUGCUUAACAAAAUCCUUUUUUUUGUCAUGGAAAUGUUUGAAGCAUUUAGUUAUAUUCAAAACAAUGUUAAACACCAUUGACCCAUCUUUUAGAAUUCGAAACCUCAUGUAUAUCAUUGUACAUGUUGUGAAUUUGCACUGAUUAGAUUGCUGUCAAAUCAAGAUGUAUAUUUUUGUUGGUCAUGUCAUUGGAGAAUACGGGUAAUAAAUGUAAAUUUGGUCAAAAAAGUUUUUUUCUGUAUGAGAAUAAAAAAAUGUUGGUCAAACA